GAGCGGCUCCGCGGGCCCCGCUCACAACAACGCGCUCGGCCUUGGCGCGCACCGGCCCCCCAGAGGACACCGGCCCUGCGCCCUCGGAACGGCCCCGGAGCCGGCCCCGCACCGCCCGAGGGGACCUGUCAGCGCCUGCCCCGCGUGCGGGCAGGAUGGAGCUGGACGAGCUGCUGCUGGACGAGGAGGGCGCCUUUUCCCUCAGCGGGUUCCAGGAGUUCACGUUCCUGCCCAGGCACCAACAGCUGAGUGAGAGAGUGCGGAAGCGGCUCUACUAUGGCUGGGACAAAGACUGCAGCCUGGAUAAUCUGUCCAGCCCCGUGGCAGAUAUUGCUGUGGAGUUGCUGCAGAAAGUGGCUCCCAGUCCUAUCCGCAGACUCCAGAAGAAGUAUGUGUCUCACGUAUCUCGGGAAGCUUGCAUCUCUCCCUGCUCCAUGAUGUUGGCACUGGUUUACAUUGAAAGACUCCGGCACCGGAACCCUGAAUACCUUCAGCAGAUCUCAUCUUCUGACCUCUUCCUGAUCUCCAUGAUGGUUGCUAGUAAGUACCUGUAUGAUGAGGGUGAGGAGGAGGAGGUGUUUAACGACGAGUGGGGAGCAGCAGGGAAGGUGGACGUCCAGACCAUGAACACGCUGGAGAUGAACUUUCUGAGCGCUAUUGACUGGAGUCUCUACACAGACCCUCGGGAGCUGUUUGAAGUGCUGAGCUGGCUGGAAGGACGUGUGGCAGAAAAACAGGGUAUGUGGCGUGGCUGGUUCACCUACACAGAUCUGUGUGUCCUCAUGGAACAGUCCGUGUGGCAGCAUGUGCUGGGCCAGUUCUAUCAGCAAGUAGUGAAGCUGGCCUGCCUCCUGGGCGUGGUGUACCUGACAGGCUUUGCUGCCGUCUUUGCCUCUGUCACUGUGGUGCACCGGUCCAUGUGCAUGAGGAGCGUCAGCCCUACAGCCCCCCAGCCUGCGCUGUUCCCCGAGGAGCGGAGGUGCCAGCUGAAUGCCCAGCCAGCCCCAGGCCCUGGCCAGCCCCAGCCCAAGCUGCCUGAUGUCUCCUCAGCCAGCAGCACCCAUUGCCUGGGGGAGAACGAGACAACUGAGGAGCCACGUCGUGGGAGUGUCACAGCAACUGCACUCUACCUGUGGAGCAGUGUGAUGACAGCUCUGUCCUACCCAAAGGCACCUGAUCUAGCCCAACAUAGGAGGCUCCCACAAAGUCCUUUCCGGAAAGUACCCACUGCCUGUGAGAGAUCCAACCGUACCGCCCCUGCUGCAGCCCCAGGCCAGCCUGGCCCCUUCGGACUCGCCGUGCUCCCGGCUCCUCGUGCGCUCCACUGCCAUGCCUGCUCAGCCGAUGCAGGCCCCACGUGGGAUGCAGCCCCCAACCAUGAGGACUGGCUGGACCCCCUGGGGCUGAAGCAGUGCUUCUUACACUCUGCUAUGGAUCUCAGUAGAAUCAAGAGCUUCAUUUUUCCCAGCUAGGAGUACAGGGCAGCAACCCCUUUCCCCUUC